AGCCAAAAAGAAAAAAGAAAAAAAGCGCGAGAGAACCGCGCAGAGAGACGGCUUAACCGUUUACCUGAAUUAUACAUAUAUAUAAAGAACUGUUGAGUUUUAUCAUUUUCGUUAAGUGACCGUGCGCAGCGCUAUAACUGCAGAAUGGGGAAACAGAACAGCAAACUGGCCCCUGAAGUGAUGGAGGACCUGGUGAAGAGCACAGAGUUUAACGAGCAUGAGCUCAAGCAGUGGUACAAAGGUUUCCUCAAGGACUGUCCGAGUGGGAGGCUGAACCUCGAGGAAUUUCAGCAGCUCUAUGUGAAGUUCUUCCCUUACGGGGACGCCUCCAAGUUCGCCCAGCACGCCUUCCGCACCUUCGACAAGAACGGCGACGGCACCAUCGACUUCCGAGAGUUCAUCUGCGCCCUGUCCAUCACCUCGCGGGGCAGCUUCGAGCAGAAGCUCAACUGGGCCUUCAACAUGUACGACCUGGACGGCGACGGCAAGAUCACGCGGGUGGAGAUGCUGGAGAUCAUAGAGGCUAUCUAUAAGAUGGUAGGCACCGUGAUCAUGAUGAAAAUGAAUGAGGACGGCCUCACCCCUGAGCAGCGAGUAGACAAGAUUUUCAGCAAGAUGGAUAAGAACAAAGAUGACCAGAUUACACUGGAUGAAUUCAAAGAAGCUGCAAAGAGCGACCCUUCCAUUGUAUUACUUCUGCAGUGCGACAUUCAGAAAUGAGCUGAGAUCAAUGCUAUGGACUGCACAGAAGUCUCAAUGUUCCAUUCAGUCUGCAGCUAUACACACACACACACACACACACACACACACACACACACGCACACAGAUAUUGCUUGGACUACCUAUCAAUGGACUUGCUUCUUGUGUUUGAAACACUUGUGUGCAUGAGAAUGUCAUUUGCUAAUGAAUUUUAAAAGCAUAUAUUAUAAAACAACCUGCCACAAUGUGAUAUGUGUAACAUCAUUUCCUAAAACCCCUUCUCCCCUCAAGCCUGGGCAGAAAUGUGCUGCAAAGAGUUCUAUGGUUUCUUGUUCAUGUUUUGCUAAUGCUCGUGUCUCCCUGAUUACAUGUUAGUAGCACUGAGCCCCCCAUGGUAAUGUAACUUAAUAUAGGCUGUGUCUCCAUUCUCCUGUAAAAUAAUACUGGACAGGCCCAUGGCAGGGCCUCGGCUCCUCUAGGUGGUCCACACUCAAGAGCCUGUGUUACCAGUGAACAUAAAUGUGCUACAUUUGCAUGCCUUUUAGGUUUGCCUUAAUUCUUACCUCAUUUGCAUUCUAUCAAUCUGGAAAGAGCUAUGUUGGAAUUAAUGCAGUAUAAAACUUAAAAAUCCUGCUAACUGACUCAUUAAUUAAGUAUAUCUAUCUCUAUAUACAUAUACACAAAGAUAUUAUUUAUUGAAAGUAAAAAAAAAAAAAAAAAGCUGGAAGUGUAUUGAUUUCUGCUUGGAUUUUCAAAGGCUUCCAAAGAGGUGGCAAUAGAUGUCCCAAAUAAAUUUAUAACAUUUGAA